UUUUGGCCCAUACUUAUAAAUAUACACGAGUUACCACAAGUGCCUGUAAUGACGGUUGCCAUUUUUUACGGAUCCACGAAGCCCCUAAACGUCGAAGAAUACCUGCGUUCGAUGAUAGAGGAGAUGAAUUUCCUUAUCGAGCAUGGAAUCGUCAUAAAUGGAAAAAACAUAGCGAUCAAACUACGGGCCAUUAUCGCGGACACUCCUGCCAGAUCGUUCGUAAAAGGUAUUGUUGGACAUACAGGCUACGCAGGGUGCAUGAAGUGCACUGUACAUGGGGAGUACAAUAAAGCUGGCCGCACUGUUGUGUUUCCCGGCGUAAACGCACCCAAAAGAACAGACCAGGGAUUCCGGGAGCAUGAAUACCCGAAACAUUGUAAGGUUCGGACGCCGCUGCUAGAUCUUCGUGGUUUCGACAUGAUUAAUGAUGUCAUUGUCGCGGACCGCUUGCAUCUUAUUGACCUAGGUGUAAUGAAACGCUUACUAAUUGGGUGGCGUGAUGGUUCCUUGGGUACGAAACGUUGGUCAACAACACAGUGCGAUCAGAUUACGGGAGCUUUGGGGAUUAUCAAACUCCCCAUUGAAAUACAUCGACCACUGCGCCCUAUCGUGUACGCUGGAAGAUGGAAAGGAUCCGAGUUUGCAUCGUUCUUACACUACGCAAGUAUUGUGGUGUUGAAGGAGCAUGUGUCGCAAGACUGCUAUCAGCAUUUUCUGCUAUUUUUUUGUGGAGUGACACUUCUGUCGUCCUCAGUGUACCGUCGGAAGUGGCCAUUGGCCGGACAACUGCUGGAGCAAUUUGUAGCGCAGUACAGUGUGGUCUAUGGUGAACGUUACGUAGGCAGCAACGUCCACAACCUGCAGCACAUCUACGAAGAAGUGGCUCGUCUUGGUCCCCUUCCGUCCUUGUCUACGUACCCCUUCGAGAACGAAUUGCAGCAUCUAAAAGGUCUUUUGCGUGGCGGUAACAAAAAUUUGGAACAGGCCAUAAAUCGAUUGUCCGAAUUAGACAAUUUUCAUAUGUCUUCUUACAAGGAAUCGAUGGCACCAAACACACCUCUCUGUCGUGAAAAUGGAAAGUUUUCCAUCCUACGUGUUCGCAGGAACUUUGUGCUACGGAAUGAUAGCAGAAACUGUUGGUUUUUAACAAAAGACAACAACAUUAUGAGAGACUCAUUCAACUGCUUCAAUUCAUCGUCGCAGUCAAUGGGUGAAAAUUGA